AUGGCGUCGGGCGCCGACAUAAAAGGCGUGCUGUCGCUCCUGCAGAACCGAAUUGCUAGUGAGAGCAGCGGUCUCAACAAUCCUCGUCAAUCUAUUUGCAACACCAACAAUAUGUCGACAGUUUCUCCAGAGCAAGAUGCAGAGAAGAUCCCUACGUCCACCCCGGUAGCCACCCUGGCUGCUGAGGCCAAUCGGGCCACGAAGACAGAACACAAGAUGGGUCUUUGGCAGGGUAUUCGUACAUACCCACACGCCGUGGGGUGGUCGAUUCUGUUUUCAUCAGCACUCAUCAUGGAGGGAUACGACAAUGCACUGAUUGCGAGUCUAUUUGCAUACGGACCAUUUCAGAAGACAUUUGGUGACAAACUAGCUAAUGGAACAUACCAAAUCACCGCUGCGUGGCAGUCGGGCCUCACCAAUGGCGCCCUAGUUGGCGAGCUUAUAGGCCUACUCAUCAAUGGUAUAAUUGCCGAGCGCUUCGGUUACAAGAAGAGUAUUAUUGGCUCUUUGAUUGCCUGUGUGGCUUUUGUUUUUAUCAUCUUUUUUGCCAAGACAUUGACAGUCUUGCUUAUUGGCGAAAUCCUUAUUGGAAUUCCUUGGGGUCUUUUCCAGACUAUUACUACUACAUAUGCGUCCGAGGUGUGUCCCGUUGUGCUGCGGCCAUACCUGACGACAUAUGUUAAUCUUUGUUGGGUUAUUGGUCAAAUCAUUGCCUCGGGAGUACUCAAGGCAAUGACCAGUCGCACCGAUGACUUGGGCUACAAAAUUCCAUUUGCACUACAAUGGAUGUGGCCCGUCCCAAUUAUGAUCGGUGUAGCAUUUGCUCCCGAGUCGCCAUGGUGGCUAGUCCGCAAGGGACGGAUCAAUGAAGCCCGGCACGCAUUAGAACGGCUCACCGUACAGGGACAAGAUCCGGACUUCAAUGUUGACGAAACCAUCGCCAUGAUACGAAGCACCAACGAGCUUGAAAAAGAGAUCUCUGCGGGAACGUCUUAUCUCGAUUGUUUCACGGGCGUUGAUCUUCGUCGCACGGAGACCGUUUGUCUGACUUGGAUGGCACAGCAGGUAUCCGGGUCUGCUUUUAUGGGAUACUCGACUUAUUUCUAUGAGCAGGCUGGUUUGGCUACCAGCAAUGCGUUUACAUUAAGCAUGGUACAGUAUAUUAUCGGUGCGAUCGGUACGCUGCUAUCCUGGGUGUUGAUGGGCAAGUUUGGACGUCGGACACUGUACGCCUAUGGUCUUGGUGCUCAGAUGACUGUUUGUUUUAUUAUUGGUUGUCUGGGCAUUAUUCACAGAGGUAAUGUGGCUGCUCAGUGGGCUAUCGGCAGCCUCCUGCUCGUGUACACAUUCUGUUAUGAUGCGAGCGUCGGACCCGUUUGCUACUCGCUUGUUUCGGAACUAAGCUCUACACGCCUGAGAGCAAAAUCCAUCGUCCUUGCGCGGAUCUCCUACAAUGUUAGCGGUGUCGUUGUGAACAUUAUUACCCCGCGCAUGCUCAAUCCUUCGGCUUGGGACUGGGGUGCUAAGUCUGGAUUCUUUUGGGCGGGGACUUCUUUGCUUUGUCUUGUGUGGGUCUUUUUCCGUUUACCUGAGCCGAAGGGCCGAACAUAUGCCGAGUUGGAUCUGCUGUUUGAACGUGGGGUUUCGGCACGCAAGUUUAGCUCGGCAUUUGUGGAUCCGUUUUCCGUGCACGAGAAAGAUCAUGGGGAGGAGGAAAAGGUUGUCCAGCCUUCAGUGGAAAUUAUGGAGCACAUUUAG